CAAUAUUCAAAAUGGCGGUCUUCGUUAUUUAAUUUAUUUCUUCAGUGGAUAAAGUUUCCUCGCAUUUGGAAGCGCACGGUAGAAUCAUGAAACGUGUCUUCAGUGUUCCUGAGAAGGUGACAGGAGGUGGUACAGUCCAAUACUGCUGGCAGCAGAAACUAGGAAAUUAUUUAGCUGUAGCUGGGACAAACAGAGUUUUGAUGAUCUAUGAUCGUCAUGGGGAACAGAAAGAUGAAAUCAACCUUCCAGGACAAUGCACAGGAAUGGCAUGGGACAAAGAUGGUGACACCUUGGCAAUCAUACAGGAUAAAAAUGGUAUUGUUUACCUGUGGGAUGCUAAUUCCCACAAGACCAUCCAACUGGAAAGUGGUUUGAGGGAAGGUCUGGCAUUUUUAUUAUGGUCAAGAGUUGGACCACAACUUGCAAUAGGUACAUCCAAAGGCAAUUUAUUGAUGUACAACCAUCAGACAUCAAGGAAAGUGCCAAUUCUUGGAAAACAUACCAAGAAAAUAGUGUGUGGAGCAUGGAACUCUGAGAAUUUACUAGCUCUUGGUGGAGAGGACAAGUGCAUCACUGUCAGUAAUGUUGAUGGAGAUACAAUUAGACAGGCUACUAUUAGAGCAGAUCCUACAGAAAUUCAGUUUAGUGAGAUGAAGACUGAUGAACGUAGCUCCAUUGGUGAAACAACGGUCAGCAUUAUAGUUGGAAGGAAAACUUUGUAUUUAUACAACUUGAAUGAUCCUGAUAACCCCAUUGAAUUGGCUUUUCAGCAAAGAUAUGGAAACAUAGUAGCCUACAAGUGGUUUGGUGAUGGCUACAUAAUGUUGGGUUUCUCCAAUGGCUAUUUUGUUGUGAUCUCUACUCAUAUGAAGGAGAUAGGACAGGAAUUGUAUCAAACAAGGGAUCAUAAGGAUGAGCUGACAGGCAUUGCCAUGUCUCUUGAACUUAACAAAGCAGCCUCAUGCGGCGACAACUGUGUAAAGAUUCAUGACUUGGCAGAGAUGAAGGAGAUCUAUGCUAUAAUUACUAUAGAGGAUGCGGGAGGACACCUGGACAAAAUCUCCUGGACAGACGAUGGACAACUGCUGGCUGUUAGCACUCAGUCAGGUGCAAUAUAUGUUUAUCUUACAAAGUUACCUGUCCUUGGUUGUGCCAGCGGAACACGAUUGUCAUAUCUAACAUCCCUCAAAGAGGUGACGAUUGUGGACAAUGUGAUGCAGGAGCGACCUCUGAGUGUGGAUAUCAUCGUAGAGCCAAACUUUGUGGCGCUGGGGCCAUAUCAUCUGGCCGUAGGAAUGAAUAAUCGUGCUUGGUUUUAUGCUUUAGCUGACAAAGGUCCUGAGCAAUUGAAAGAUCGAGAGUAUCUCGGUACAGUCAAUGCCAUUCAUCUGAACGCUGAUUAUGCUGCUGUUCUUUUUGAAGGGAAAGUUCAGCUUCAUUUGAUUGAAGGAGAAGCUUUGGAUACAGCAGAUGACCGAGAGACCAGACUGUUCCCGGAUAAAGGCAACCAAGGACGGAUCACAUGCUGUGCUUUGACUUCUGACUUUCUAAUCUAUGGCACGGAUAAUGGAAGCCUGUUUUAUUUCUUCAUCGAAGAUUGGCAGUUUGUCAAUGAAUUCAGACAUGUAGUAGGCAUUAAAAGGAUCUUCCCAGAUGUUAGUGGGACUCAUCUGGUGUUCAUCGAUGAAAAGAGUGAUGGAUUUGUUUACAAUCCUGUCAAUGAUGCCACUUUCGAGAUUCCCAACUUUUCCCCGAAUAUAAGAGGCAUUAUUUGGGAAAAUUGGCCUCUAGACAAGGACGUGUUCUGUGGUUACGAUGAAGAGAAAGUGUAUACCUAUAUCUUCUACAGAGAUAGUGUAAUAGGGCCCCAGUGUAUAAUGGCGGGAACCACCAAGCUGCCUUACGCUCAAAAACCCCUCAUGUUAUACGGUGGUGAAAUGACGUGUCAGACACAGAGCGGCAAGACCUCCAAACUCAGUCUUACCACGCAUUUAUUUCACGAGAAGCCUCAGGAUCUUCCACAAUCUGAUUUACAAACCUCAUUCAAUCACUGUCUGACGUUGAAACGUUUCAAAGAUGCAUGGACGCUGGCUCGCAUCCUGGAUUCCAAAGAUUCUUGGAUCGAACUGGGAAAAAAGGCGAUCUAUCAUUUGGACAUUGAGCUUGCUAUCAGAGUGUACCGAAAGAUGGGAGAUGUUGCCAUGGUCCAGUCUCUAGAGAGUAUCGAGGGAACUGAAGACAAACAUCUCCUGGCCGGAUAUGUUGCCAUGUUUCUCGAAGAAUACAGUACAGCACAGGAUUUGUUUCUUGGCUCAACAUAUCCGUUGGCUGCGCUUGAGAUGAGGCGUGACUUACUUCACUGGGACCAAGCCCUUGAGUUGGCCAAGAGUCUGGCACCCAAUCAGAUUCCUUACAUUUCAAGAGAAUACGCCCAGCAGCUGGAGUUCACCGGAGACUACAGUAAUGCUCUGCUUCACUAUGAAAAAGGAGUAACCAAGUUGCCAGAGAAACGUGACCACGAUGAACUGUGUAUCGGUGGAAUGGCAAGAAUGGCAAUCAGAGUAGGAGACAUAAGAAGAGGUGUGAAUUAUGCUGCUAAGAGUCCCAGCAGACCGCUAAAGAAAGAGUGUGCUACUAUCUUGGAGUCAAUGAAGCAAUAUUCCGAGUCUGCUCUGUUGUUUGAGAAAGGACAAUACUGGGAAAAGGCAGCUGCUGUGUACAUCAAGACUAAGAAUUGGGCAAAGGUCGGUGAAUUGCUAGCUCACGUUACCUCUCCUAAGCUUCAUGCGCAGUAUGCUAAGGCCAAGGAGGCCGAUGGGAAAUAUAAGGAGGCUGCAAUAGCUUACGAGGCGGCUAAAGAUUAUGACAGCGUCAUCAGGAUCAAUCUUGAUCACCUGCAAAACCCCGAGGAAGCUGUAAGGAUUGUGAAGGAGACCCAGUCUGUCGAAGGAGCUAAAAUGGUGGCCAAGUUCUUUCAGAAACUUGGUGACUUUGGAUCUGCGAUUCAGUUCCUUGUUCUGUCCAAAUGCAACGAUGAAGCAUUUCAGCUCGCCCAGACGCAUAAUCAAAUGGAACAGUAUGCUGAAAUAAUUGGCGAUGAUGCAGUUGCGGAUGACUAUGCCAGCAUCGCCAUGUACUUCGAGAAUCAAAAACAAUAUUUCCUGGCUGGAAAGUUUUUCCUGAAGUCAGCACAAUAUGCUAAGGCUUUGAAGCACUUCUUGAAAUGUCCCGUUGGAGAAGAUGGCGAAUCCAUUGAGCUGGCAAUUGAAACUGUUGGUCGGGCAGGUGAUGAGGUGUUGACACAUCAGUUGAUUGACUUCCUUAUGGGAGAGGCUGACGGUAUACCAAAGGAAGCAAAGUACUUAUUCCGGCUUUACAUGGCGUUAAAGCAAUAUCGUGAGGCAGCGCGCACGGCCAUCAUCAUUGCGAGGGAAGAUCAGAAUGCUGGUAACUACAGGAAUGCUCAUGACGUCUUGUUCAGCAUGUACAGAGAACUUACUGAUCACAAGAUAAAAAUUCCCGCGGAGAUGAUGCAGAAUCUGAUGAUCCUUCAUAGUUACAUUUUGGUCAAGCUACAUGUGAAACGAGGUGAUCACAUGAAGGGUGCCCGUAUGUUGAUUAGGGUGGCUAAUAACAUCAGCAAGUUCCCUGCACACGUUGUUCCCAUACUGACGUCCACCGUUAUCGAGUGCCAUAGGUCGGGACUGAAAAAUUCUUCCUUCAGCUAUGCGGCCAUGUUGAUGAGACCUGAAUAUCGUCAAAAGAUUGACCUCAAGUACAAAAAAAAGAUUGAACAAAUUGUCAGGAAACCAGACAAGACGGAAGAGGACGAACCUCAAGAUCCUUGUCCUUACUGCGGCAACGAAGUACCUCAGACUAAACUGGACUGUCCAGAAUGUAAAAACACCAUACCUUACUGUAUUAUCACGGGUCGUCAUAUGGUUAAAGACAACUGGACAAUGUGUCCUAACUGUUCGUUCCCUGCUCUUCACUCGGAACUUAUGAGUCUACUGGAGGCCAGUGAAACAGUGUGCCCAAUGUGCUCCCAAAGCAUAGCAGCCACGGAAGUGAAACCAAUCAAGGAUCCAUCACCGUAUUUGAAGACUGCAGAUCAAGACUGAGAAUCGAGCCAGAACACGAGUUCUGCGAAAUGCUACCUUGGAGUUGUAUUUAACUGUAAAUAAUCAUCGCUUCUUGGAUCUCUGCGUUUUUAUUUUAUUUUAUUUUUUUUUGAUCGCAUGAGAUGGUUAGAAUUUAAGUAAUAAAUAGCAUGCGAAUGGUACUUUGUCGUCAAUAAAAACACGUUAGAUGUACUCAACAAAUUUGUUGUGAGAUAAUUUUUUCCUCUUCCACAAUGUUGAGUCCGGAAGCUAAACCACUCCUAACUUGCGGACUAGAAAUUUUGUUAGGAGAGAGAAUGGUUUACAUUUUUCCUUUAGAGGCUCAUUGCAUAAUCUAAACGCGCCAUAUUGUCUUCCAGGAAAAUACGAAGUGGCCAGAAAUACAUUUGUAGGUAGCAGGAAGGACAAGACCACAAUCUUACAUCUGCAUAAUUUUCUGUCACGCUAUUUUUCCGAACCGUUAUUAAGUUUAAAUACGCAAUUCUUGUUACAGUUGACAAAGUUAAGAGCAUUAGUAAGAUAUUUAUAUAAACUCAGCUGCUUUUGUGAUAGUUAGACAUUUCAUGAGGGGUUAACCGAAACGGUUGCAUAGAGACAGAUAUUAAUAUUUCUCUGGCUGCUGCUCACUAUUUCAGUUCUUUAAUAUUGUACAUAUAAAAUAAUUAUUUUGCAUUGAAGUUAAUGUACAUGUGUAAUCUUACAAGAGGACUCAAAAUUAUGUCGGAAAAUCUAACCAGUCAGUUUGGUAAGUUGGACGUCCUCUUGCACUCAAAAAUAUCAAGUUAAUUGAAUCUUCACCCAUCCAGUUCCACAUGCAUUUUUCAUCACAGCACAUCAAACUUACAAUUCAAUCUUUUAACACCAGUGGAGUUGAGUACAAAGUGACAACAACCACACAGACUGCCAAAAUAAGAAGGAAAAAACGAAAAGAAAAAAAUUGAAGGAAAUGUCGUGUCAGCCAUUGAAAUCAUAAAUCAACUGGAUGUGCUAAUUUGGGAUAUCCAAUUGUUUAACAGACUUGUGUUUGACUGUGGAACUGUCAAGGUUCAGAUCUGUGGUACUUUCCACAUAACUACCUUGUGUAAAUUAAUCAGUAUUGUUUUCUAGGCAAAACAGAAAAUACCUGUGUCCAGACUUCGAAGAAAAAAACAUUACACAACUGUUUUGCCUAGCCUACCCUGAGAAGGCAACAAUACCUAGCUGAUAAAAUCUAAACAUAUAUAAUUGUUUUAAGUCUCCUGUUUUGAGAAAUGUUGAUGAAAAACAUUCUCCUUUAUUUUCAUCGAGUCAAGGCUACUCCUCACGUGAAGGCUGAAUUAUGCAACUAAUCAAGCUGACUUGAGCCAAGUUGCAUAUUUCACUAGUACUAUUCUGUACUAACAAAACUAGCUCCAAUGCAGGAAGAGGAUGGCAUUACCAA